CCGUGGUCCGACAACAGCCUGAUCAACGGCAAGAACAACUACAACUGCUCCAUGGCGCCGGCCAACUCGACGUGCCACGAGCAGGCCUGCCUCGCCCACUUCCGCUUCCGCCCCGGCAAGAAGCACCGGCUGCGGCUCAUGAACACGGGGGCGGCCGCGCUGGUGCACUUCAGCAUCGACGGGCACAAGAUGGAGGUCAUCGCCAACGACUUCGAGCCGCUGGUGCCGUACGCAGCCGACUUCGUCACGCUCGGCGUCGGCCAGCGCACCGACGUGCUCGUGACGGCCGACGCCGACCCGCGGGCGACGUAUUGGAUGCGGUCGACCAUCUCGCUCAACUGCUCCGUUGCGCACACCACCGUGGGCCGCGCCAUCGUCUCGUACGAAGGGAGCCGCACCAUCAGCGCGGCGGCGGCCGCGGCCGACGCCAAGUCGUUCCUCUGCCGGAACGACGACCUCGCCAGGACGGUGCCCUUCUUCCCGCAGCCGGCCGACCCGCACCCGGACACGGUGGAGACCUACACGAUCGACCUGCUGACCAACGCGACGGGUAACCACGUGUGGACCAUCAACAACCGCACGCAGUACACCGACUACAACAACCCGGUCCUGCUGCAGGCCUACGCGCAGAACUUCACCUUCCCGACCCCCCCGCCGCCGGGCACCACGGCGGGCGACCCCAACGUGUACAACUUCGGGCGCAACCGGACGGUGCGCGUCGUGCUCAACACGGUCUACCAGAGCGCCCACCCGAUGCACCUGCACGGCCACGCCUUCCAGGUGCUGGCCGAGGGCCCCGGGCCCUGGGACGGCCGCACCGUGGUCAACCCGGCCAACCCGCUGCGGCGCGACAGGCACAUGCAGCGCCGCUUCGGGCAUCUGGUCCUGCAGUUCGCCGCCGACAACCCGGGCGUCUGGUCGCUGCACUGCCACAUCGCGUGGCACGCCAGCAUGGGGUUCACGAUUGUGCUUCUGGAGCAGCCGGCGGAGCUGGCCAGGACGCAGGUGCCGUUUGUCAUGCGGGAGACGUGCGAGGGGUGGGAUCGCUGGUCGAAGACGCAUGUCGUCGACCAGAUUGAUGCGGGGAUAUGA